AUGUUUUUAGAAACCGAAACAACUCCAGAGACUUGCGUUGGUGUGGUAAAGUCUCACACCAUGCACAAAAAGAAUCCAGGGCAACAUGCUGGUGAUUUGGAGAUGUUAGCAAAUCACGACGAAGCGAAGUUUGCACUUUCUGGCGAAAUUGAUUGCAUUAGGGUUGAUGGGGCAACCGACGAGGGUCCGUCACAUUUCGAGGUCCAAUUUAUGUGGACAGAGCGACAUUUACAUCAUGGAAAGAUUUGCACAUUAGUUACUUCUCGAUUCGCUGGUGGGAGUUACCUGAACAAAGUUGAGUUGCAAAAUGGAUGUCUUGCAUUGGGACAUUCAAAUUUAUUCAUACCUUCUACCAUAUACGGUUCCAAUUUUGUUAAUGGAGAACUAGAUAGAAAAAUGCUUGUGCAGAAUUUGGAAGCGGCCCUCAGUGUGUACAUAAAUACAGUUAUUGGUGCUCAAUGUGGUGGAAAACCCAUACACUUAACAAGAGGCAGCACAGAUGAAUAUAGUAGCAAAGUUCAAGAAAGACGUGACCGGUUAAUCAUUUUCUUGAGAGGUUCUCAGAAAAAGAAGAAAGAACUAAAGGAAGCCUACCCGGAAGACUAUGACUAUUUCUUGCGAAUCUGGCAAGUUCGAAAAGACCAUAUGAUUGAAAAGUUACCAGCAAACUACGUUUUCUUGCUAUUACCUUGUUAUAAACCUAACUGUUUACACGCAGUAUGUACGAAAGGCUUACCCAGAAAACCAGCGACAUGGUUCAAAGAUGGGCCUCCUUUCUCCUUCGUACCUCUUCCGAUUCCCGAUCCAGCAAGACCGUCUGGAGGUCCAUGCAAGAGUUGCAAAGACAACUGCAAUGGACAUUAUUUACCGCCAGAACGUCAAUAUGAAUUCGUCAAGGAACAUGGUUCUGAAUAUUGUACCCAACCUCCUAGCAAAGUACUUAAGGAAUUUGCAAAAAACCACGAAACGUGUUCUGAAGAAGAGAUGGAGGAAUUCUCUAAGACAUGUUUGCUAAGUGUCUCAGAUGUGCAAAUGUGGAUGAAAAAUUUAAAUAAUGGAAAGCAGAAAAAAAGUAAGUUUUUUUUAAUAUGUUUCUAAUAUUUUGCUUAUAGCAUCAGCUUCCUGGUUGUACGUUUUUACAUUUUGACGGAAUUAAGCCAAUUUUUGACAAUUGUUUGCUGAAAAAUAAUAGGGAAAAUUAUUUGAUUGCUUAUAGAAUAAAUAAAUACGAUCCUCUUUUCUGGUGGAAAAAUAAAUUGAUUGUGUUAAUAGUGAAUUUCCUGCAUGCAUAUUCUUUAAUUUUAUCAAUAAAAUAAUCAUAAUAGAAAAUGCCUAUACAUAUGUAGACCUACCUGAUCACAUUUCGACUCCUUUUUUCAUAAUACUGGUACUAAUUUCUCUAACCACAGAAAAGCAGAAGAAAGCUGUGACAGCUAAUCUUGAUGAAGAGGAAGGUCAGGGAGAUGAAGGUGAUGAAGAAAAUGACGAAGUCUAUUGA